CAAAAGUAACAGAGAAAUAUAUAUAUAUACACAUAUAUAAAAUUUAAGAACAUUUCUCAGCCAUGGAUAUCAAAUUUCAAGCUAAUGCUGAUGAUGAAUCGCAUGAACACCUCCUACAAGACUUGGCAGUACUACCGGCACCCGAAAGAAAAACUCUCAUACAAAUAGCAAUCAGUCAAACAUUUCAAAGCACAGCACAUUUGGCUAACUUAUUACCCACCGGCACCGUCCUUGCUUUCCAGCUUCUCUCCCCCAUUUUCACUAACCAAGGUGACUGUGACUCGGUGUGUCGGUCCAUGACUGCCGGACUGAUACUCCUUUGUGGGUUGUCGUGUUUCUUCACCAGCUUCACGGAUAGUUUCAGAGACAAGGAUGGGAAUGUUUGUUACGGGUUGGCAACUUUGAAUGGGUUGUGGGUCAUUGAUGGUUCGGCCACUUUACCACCGGAAUCUGCGGCGAAAUACCGGUUGCGGUUUAUAGAUUUCGUACAUGCUUUUUUGUCGAUACUGGUGUUCGCGGCUGUGGCGUUGUUUGAUCAGAACGUGGUGAAUUGCUUUUAUCCGGCACCGUCGAGACAAGCUCAGGAGAUGCUCACGGCGUUGCCGGUUGGGAUUGGGGUUUUGGGUAGUAUGUUGUUUGUUGUAUUCCCUACUACACGCCAUGGAAUUGGCUUUCCUUUGUCGGCCAAUUAACGUUUAUGAGAUUAUACCCUUUAAACUAUUAAAAUUGUUAUCGAAAGAGUUUCUCUAUUUAUUUUCUUUGCA